UCGUUACCUGUGAUGAAUGUUUUUCUUGAAGCACCUGUUUUAAUACGCUAGCUAGAAUGCUAAUUCUCAUCCUUUGCCUCUGGAUUUAGUUUUUAAUAGGACUUUUGUAGAACUCGGAACCGUGUGUUUCAUUUCUAGAAGAAACAGAUCGAGUAAUACGUUUUUACUUAGAAGUUGCAAAGGUUUCUCUCCAUUUGAACAUACCAUUGUUGCAGAAAGCAUCUUCUGUGGGCAGGCAUGGGCUGCCGGGAUGUUCAUGCAGCAACAGUACUGGCCUUCCUCAGCGGAACAGCCUCAGUAGCUGGACUUCUUGCAGCAGUUCUGCUUCCAAACUGGAGGCAAAUGAGACUGUACACAUUCAACAAGAAUGAGAAGAAUGUGACAGUUUACACAGGACUCUGGAUUAAGUGUGCUCGCUUUGAUGGGAGCAGAGACUGCGUGAUAUAUGACCCACAGUGGUACACAGCUGUUGAUCAGUUGGAUUUGCGUGUUCUUCAGUUUGCCCUCCCCCUGAGUAUGUUAACUGCUGUCUCUGCUCUGUUUCUUUGCUUGAUUGGCAUGUGUAACACAGCCUUUGUAUCAAGUGUGCCAAACAUAAAAUUAGCCAAAUGCCUUGUAAACAGUGCAGGCUGCCACCUCGUGGCUGGCCUCUUGUUCCUGCUCGCAUGUGCCAUUUGUGUCACUCCGUCAAUCUGGGUCAUUUUCUAUAACAAUUAUCUGAACAGAAAAUAUGAGCCUGUCUUUAGCUUUGACAUCUCGGUAUUUAUUGCUAUUGCCAGUGCUGGUGGUCUGUUUUUCACUUCCAUUAUGUUAUUUCUGUGGUAUUGUGCAUGUAAAAGCCUACCUUCCCCUUUCUGGCAGCCCCUGUAUUCACAUGCCCCCAGCAUGCACAGCUAUGCCUCCCAGCCCUACUCUGCACGCUCUCGCCUCUCUGCCAUAGAAAUUGACAUUCCUGUUGUGACACAUGCAUCUUAAGAAGACAGAGUCUUGGAAGCAGAGUUCUUGUGCUCAUUCAAACCAUGAAAAUUGCAGGCUUGAUUCUCUCAACUGCCUUGCAUUUGGCUUAGUGUUUUCUAAGGUCAAAUUCCUGAAGGUGCAAAGCAAUGGAGAACCGAGUUCGUUAAGUCUUUUGCUUUUUUGGUAUGUUCCUUCCUGACCAACUUUUUUUUUUCUCUGAGCUCACUACAGACCAAACUGCUGCUAAUGUUGUGACAAUACACUAACAAUAGUAUCCUUUCAUGCAAGUUGUUUUGCAUGUAUGUUACUCUUUCUGUUUAUUGAGAUCAAAGUGGAUUUGAAACUCUUUGCUACUUUGAUAAGCUAUUAUUAGAUCCUGAUGCCAUUGUAGGAACUGCAUACAUAGACCCUUGCACCCAUGCAUUAUCCAAAUGCAGGCUGUGGAGCUGGGUGUAGGGGGUUUAGUGAGUUUCUUGUAACAGCUGAGAAAACCUAGUCUAGUGUAAAGUGUAUGAUCAUUCAGCUGGAGCAGAAAGGAGAUAAGAAAGGGGUUACAAAGCCUUUAUUUAGACACGUGUAUUUUAAGAGGUGAUGUUUGAAAAGGGUAUUUGGCAGACUACUUCAGUUCUAUAGCAGUGUUCUUUGUUUUCCAUUGCACACAUAAAAAGCCACCUGGCUUAUGAACUUCUGCAGUAGAAUUAGUGUCAAAAUACCCUUUAAUUUCAAAGUAGCAAUCAAACUUAGAAGAAUUGAUUUAACUAAUAAUGCUCUUCUGUACUGUAAUUAACAUUUUCUGAAUCAUUGGAGGCUGGAAAUUUUUCUUCUGUGAAUUUUCUUUCUAGUGUGUA